UGGUACCGCUCGGUCCAGUAAAAGGUGGUCGGUUGUAGCCUGGCAGGCCCCCUUUUUUGCCAACAUUUUCACGCUCGGUGUGCAUUUGUUUAGGCCCUGCGUUCUACACGGUGUUUCGUCGUUUCGUGCAUGUUUUCCGCGCUGCAAUUAAUCGGUCAAUGUUUUUCGCAAAAGUAACACUCGUUGUAGCUAGCUAGGAAGUGUGUGCAUCCUCGGUCGUCGUGAGCUCUCAUCCGAGAAGGCUUAGCCACCCAGCCAAGUUCCGUGUGUUGUGAAUUUCACUCACCCUGUCGCCGUAAUCAGUCUUGCUUGAUUAUUGAUCGGUAACUAUAGCUUAUUAGAGUCGAAAAGUGCCGUGCCUCCUUGGAUGUUUUAAUCGCAGCUGCAGUGCACAUAAGCUCUGGAUGGAUUUUGAUAUCGAUAAUCAACCAGCCGUAUUACCAUUUGUGUUUGAUCGCCUUUCUGGCCAUUCGGUGGGGUUUAGCGAUUAACGCCGUGACCCAUAAGAGAGAUAUUUCCUAUCGUGGACGAGAGUUUGUGUGUGUAUCGAAAUUGUGACCUGUUCCGGUUUUUUUUUGACUGGCUUUAUUCAUUCGAUUCCAAAGCCAGUUUGUCGCCAGACAACAUCCGAGUGAAAGUAUGAAUCUGUGAACUCUUCUAGUUUCAGCUGGCAAAAGUUAUUAGUUUUUGGAAUUCGUUUAGUUUUUUUUGUGUUCAUCGAAAUUUCUGUUCGACUCGUGUUAGCAGUCAGCAACUAGAAUCUAGAACAUUCUUCUUUUGAUACCCAAACACGCUAAAUUGUUUUAAUGAUUCAACCAACUUCCUUCGUUUCCACCAAAAUCCAUCCCAUCCGAAAGAUGCGUCCCCGUAUUGAGAGCUCCAUGUGCGAUGACGCCAUGGAGGCGCUCGGUUUUCUGCGGUUCACCGACGAAAACAUGAAGUCCAACUUCCUGCAAAGCCUCAGCGCAAUGCGUCGCAAUCGGCUGUUCUGCGACGUGAUGUUGUUGGUUGGCAACACUGAAAUUCAUGCCCAUCGGAACGUCCUGGCCAGUGUCUCACCGUAUCUUAUGGAGCUGUUCAGUUCGGAAACGGAAAACAUUAACGGGACCCCGAAUGAAGGUACCGAUAAGGUGGCCUGUUACCGACUGAACGGCCAUAUCACUGCAUCGGGGCUUCAGUUUCUGGUCGAGUACGCUUACACCGGCUCGCUAGAGGUGCCCUAUGACUUGAUACGCGAUGUGUAUCUGGCUGCCUGGCAGCUGAAGAUCGACAACGUGAUCACGGAAUGCGCCCGGCACAUGGUGGACCAGCUGGAACCAGAGUGCUGCAUCGAGAUUCGCUCGCUGCCGGGUAUCAAUCGGAACAAAAAGUUUGUACAGGAGGUCGACGGCUACAUUACCAAGAACUUUGCCGAGGUGACCCAAGAGCAGGCGUUCCUGCAGUUGCCGUGCAUUCUGAUAGAAAUUUUGCACCAGACCAAGCAGGAAAUGUCACUGGUAACCGAUACCUCGCUGUAUCGGCUGGUGCUGAACUGGACCCGCAGACAGAUCACCGAGGAUGGAGUAUCGAUGUCCAGUUUGAUGGAGCGAUCUCACAUGUUGUACCUUGCGUUGGAUAACUCCCUGCAAGACUGCGUUGAUCUCCCGGGUCUAGAGUCGGAAAGCGAUCUGGUUCAGGACUACAAACGCUUGGUGCUCAAGUGUCCAGGCAACAAGAACAAACAGCGCAAAGGGCUGAAAACCCCGGGACGACCUAGGAUGAUCGUGUACAACCAGGACCUUAGCGAGGAUCACCCUCAGGACAAUUGCGAUUGGAACCUGAUCGGUAGCUCCAAGGUGGGUGAUCACACAUUCAUCGGUCUGGUCACCCUGGACGGUAACCUGUCACGUAUAUCCAUCCAAUUGCGGUUGAACGCCCCGACAACUCCGUCGCCAAUUAACACACCGGACACGAUCAGUUCCAGCGUGAGUCGCGAGGAAGAACUGGACGAGAUACAGAAACCAGAACUGUUCUGCGAGGUUGCUACCAUGUCCGGGCCCAAGUGUGGUUUAGGUGUGGCCGAGUUAGAGGGCAAGCUUCUGGUUUGCGGUGGCUACGAUCGUACCGAGUGUCUAAAAUCGGUUGAAUCGUACUGUCCGGACACGAACAGUUGGACUCAGAUUUGUAACAUGGGUGAAGCACGUGGUCGAGUCAACAUUGCAGUUAUCAAUGGAACAGUUUAUGCCGUCGGUGGCUGUAACGGUACUACUGAGCUGGAUUCAGUGGAGUAUUUAUCUCAAAAGGAGACAAAAUGGAAGAAGAUGUGUAAGCUACCGUUGGCCAGGAGUAACGCAGGUGUUUGCGCUCUGGACGAUAAAAUCUAUUGUGUCGGCGGAUGGAAUGGUCAGACCGGUAUCAAGCAGUGUGAUGUUCUCAUUCCGGAUGAAAACAAAUGGUCUUCGAUAGCACACCUGAAUACGGGUCGGUAUCAGGCCGGGGUAGCCCCGUUCAAGGGCAAAUUAUGGGUCGCCGGUGGAAGCGAUGCCUGGAACUGUCUAAGCUCUGUUGAAAACUAUGACCCCGAGGUUGGACAGUGGAAUUUGGCUCCCUCGCUGCUGACGCCACGUCGUGGCUGCGGGCUGGCCGAAUUCAACGGCAAACUGUACGCCGUCGGUGGCAGCGAUGGAACUCACUCGCUCACAUCUACGGAAUACUUUGACGAAACCAACAAAUGCUGGAUCUCCGGGCCCAACUUGACGUCGGCUCGUGCUAACGUUUCGGUUGCCGUGGUGCAGAAUCGUCUGUACGCCAUUGGAGGUUUCUCCGGCAAAACAUUCCUCAAUACCAUUGAAUAUCUGGAUGCUCAGUCGAACGAGUGGACCACCUUUGUGCCACAAACGAACUCGAACAUCGACAGUCUGUUGCAGUCUUCCCUGCGCAAUGGCAGUCUGAGCGAUAGUAGGGCGGGAUCAUCGUCCACUUCCUCGUCCCCGGAUAAUCUUAGCGGACAGCAAAAUGGUGGCGGUGGUUGUAGUGAGCACACCUUCAAACCGAUCCGGACGGCCGAAGUAAAUGCUUACAAUUUGGGAAAAUCCCACCAGGAGAAGGAAUCAUCUACCGAUAAGGAGGUCAAAGACAUUCUGGCAACCGGAACCAAAAAACUGUCGAUCGACGAAGAGGAGCUGAACAAAACCAAUGGUACAAUUAAUUCGAACGAUAACAGUAUUAAGCUGCAGAAAAUCGUGGCCAACAAUUGCGCGGAAAUUGCCAGCGAGAAUGGAAACUGCAGCUAACUAAGCGUGCCGGAUCAGGAGCUUCUCCGAGGAGAUCCUGCAACCGAAUCGGAACAAAAUUAGGCUACAAGUCUCUGUAAGAAUUAAGCAAACUAUGCCGUGAAACAACAUGUGUCUAGUAGUAUGAUUGUAUAAGUUUAUUGCGAGGAGAGUUUUUCCCUGAAUGCGCAUACCUUUUCUUAUUAUAUAGCGAUAAAUCCAGUAUAUUUGAUAAGCGAUAUUUUAAUACAUCACUCUAAAAUGCAGCGGAAAGUAAAUUUUCUAUACAUUUCUGAAAGAAAACUUUUACGAAUGACACCCAUGAGCAGCUUUCGAUUUCCAACAAAAUGGAGAGAAAAAGCUUUCAGUUGUGAGAUUGGGGCGAGUAUGUUAAUUAAAAAACAAUAAGCUACGAAUUGGAGAAAAUACUCACCUAUUAGAGAAUCGUGGUAUUUCCUGCACUCACCGUCUCGAACUUUCGUUUAAUAAAUUUGUUUUUUUUUUACACAAUCAGUUCUACAAUUUUAGCUCAACCUUUAGAAAUGCAUUUUAGUCGUCAAACUUAGGAAGUUUAGAUUGAUUACAUAAAGCUUAGUUCUUUUAGAAAUGGGACACUUUCAUUUGCAAAUAGCUCGUUAACUAGUAAUCGGAUAUUCAAAAUUUUGACAGCAUUUUGUUGCCUGUAAAAAGUACUAUUCGGCCUAUUUUUUUCAAAAUUUAAAAUUUACGCGUUUUUGAGAUAUGUACGAUGCAAGAGAAAAAGAAAAAAAUAAUUUUGCACAGUUUCCUUUAAAAUUCGUCAUUAUCAAAUUGAUAGCUGACAAAACCGUUGAUUAUUCAAAGAAUUACUGAGUUUUUGUGGUGGAUAAGUAUGCAAACACUGUCAAUAAUGUCCACAAAGUUCAAAUCAAGCAUUGGAGUGAAGCACAUGAUCGGCAACAACGGUUAAGGAUCAUCAAGGAAGUCAAGUCUCAUAUCAGCAUUUUUAAUUUUCAAUAAACGAAAAACUAAGGGUAGAUCGCUGAAAUGUCCAACACAAUUUUCUCCGAUAAGCUGAAAGUGUUGCCUAGUGAUGACUCAUAGAAAUCCAACCUCAAACAACCAUUUUUUGAUAGUUCCAAAGCUCUUAAGCUGUAAAACCGGUACCGAAAAAAAAACGUUCAAAAAUGUGGUCAAAAAUAAUCAAAUUUGUUCAUUUCGAAACAACUGUAUCCACUAAAAUGCUUUCAGUUUCCAGUUUCCAGAGAAGUAUUGGACCAUAAAGUAUCAGAAAUUGAAGAAGGAGAGUGAAGCCACCUAAAAUAUAGAUUUUACGAAGUAUAAGUUGCAGAAACUGAUUAAUACCAUGACCGAAAAAAGUGUGCGCCGGCCAAUGGGAGAUACCAAGAAUAAAGUAGAAAUUUCUUUAACAAAAAACGGUAAAUAUUUUUUUUCAAAUUUUUUCAUGAAAGAUCAUAACAUUACCUUCUUUUUCUUCAUAGAAAGUAUUUGGUUCCAACGAAUGGUUUUUGAGAUACAGGCAUUCGUAACUGUCCCAUUUCUAAAAGAACUAAGCUUUAUUGUAACAAAACUCUUAAAUGUAAUUUUCUUUAAAAAGCAGUGAAAUUAAAAUUUCAGGAACCUUGUGCAAGGGUGAUUCAAGGAUCGAAAAUUGAGAAGCUUAGAACUUCUAGACCUUACUAAUAUCCACAAAAUCAAUCUCGAAUACGGAUUGGUGCAGGAAAAAAAAUCAUGUCAUUUAAAUGAAAAUCCGACAGAUCUUGCUUGACCAAAAUUAACAUGCAACGUUAUAUCCGGAUGAGUACAACAAAUGAACAUUUGAAGAUCCCCACACAACUCACUCUGGGAACCACCACCCAAAACAACACCGAAAAAGAUGAAGAAGCAUAGAUUUCAGCAACAGUUCUUUUCUCAGGAUUGAACUUUACAGCAACAUACCCCAGGUUUGGGGCCAGAUGAUCAAAAUAUGCAAACUUGAAGUAUAAAAAAUAUACCAUUUAAAAAUAUGAUCAGUAGUUGCAGAGCAGCCAUUCACUGUAAUAGAAUAAGCAUUAGUAAUGACAUAAAGACAAACGCAGGAUGAGCUCAGCUUAGCAUUGGGCUGACACUUGCCUGGAUGAUUUUAGGGAAUAAACUAGUGAUAAGUCUGAACAACUAGCUCGUAAGUCUGCAAAGAACACUCUAUCUAUACCUUUUAAGAAGGACUCUAUUUCAGAUGCACCUUUUCAGGUACCGAACAAUUUGUGUUGGAUUUUGUUCUGCUUGAACACUUUUACACUUUAUCUCUUAUACGCAACAGCUAAUGAAGGCUCACUCACUGUUUCUACAAAUCAAAAACUCCAACCACCGCUCCCCUUUUUCCACGGUUUAUCAUUAGAUUUUUAACAAUACACCCCCCGCAUCAAUAGUUGUAAUUUAUACUAUGUCGAUCACCAGCCAGAAAAAAAACGGUCCACUCCAUUUGUCGAAGACGAUUUGUUUCGUUUUAAAUUGAAUGAAAACUUUGAACUAAACUGUGCUCUUAUUGAAAGCAAAAAAACAUGCAAAAAGCAAGAAUCAUAUCCUUUUUAUUACCUUAUAUUGUUACUGGUUUUCGGUUUCCCUUUUCGGUAGACAGUGCUUACAAAAAAUGAAACAUUUUUACUACACCUUUAAGAGACUUUAAGACUAUACACAGAAGGUUAUACUUUUAUCAAGUGAUGAUUCUAAAAACGAAACCCAUUUUUAUAAAUCAACGCCAUAUUAUAAUUUACGACGAGUGAUAACGAUUUGUGAUUUCACACAACACCACCCUGGGUUUUCAAAACUGUGCUGCAGCAGCGUUGCGUUGAUUUGGAUUCUUCUCGUUUCCACUCACUCGGAUCACAUCCAUUAAAACAAAACAAAAAAAAAAACGGUACUAUAAGCCAAUAGUAAAAUGUUUAUCGAAUAAGACUAUUUGAGCAAUGAGUAGUUGAGUUGAGGGCAAUCGAGGCUGCCGAUCGGCAGCGGACGAUGAGGGAUUGGCGUUUAAAACAAACAUGUUGUUGAAUGAAAACUAAAAUUUAAGAAAAAAUAUACAAAAAA